AUGGCCCAACCAGGCCAGCCCAGCCCGCAACAAAUUGCGGCCAUGCAACAACAGUUCGCCGCCGAAGCCGCCAAACGCGGUCUCACCCCCCAAGAAUUCGCCCAGAAGCAACGCGAGCAAUUGACAGCUGACGCCGCUAAACUCGGCCUUUCCCCGAACAAUACGUCCAGCAGCUCCGCGCGCGUGCCAUGCAGCAGCACCAGCAACAAAUGGAGGCCCAGCGUCAGGGCCAGGGCGCUCCACAGCCUGCAACAAACGCACCAAGUACCCGUCAACCCGAAUGCACCCGCGGACCCCAAGGCGCUGGCCGUGGCUAAGUUCCUGCGCUCGCAGAACUUGAAGCCGCGGACUUGCAUCCUGGACGGGCAGCGCAAAGAUAUGUUUAAAGUCAAGAGAGCCAUCCGCGCCAUCGAAUCCCCCGCCUACGCCAAAGCCGCCGCAAAGAAGAACUCACUUCUCCCCCCCAAAGUCGACCCGCAUGCUGGCCAUAACCACGCCAAGCCAAAGAACCGCACCAAGGGCCUGUGGACCGUGAAGAUCGAGCAGCACCAGGAGACCGACCCCAUGAUGCAUUACGUGUGGCUGUGGGAGGGCCCGCAGUGGAAGCAGAAGGCAAUGGCGGCGGCCGUGGUGGCCGGUAUCUUUGCGGUGGUGCUGUUUCCACUGUGGCCAAUUAUGCUGCGCCAGGGCGUGUGGUACCUGAGUGUUGGUAUGAUGGGGCUACUGGGGCUGUUCUUCGCGAUGUCUAUUUUCCGACUGAUUUUGUUCUGCAUUACUGUCUUUGCGGUGCCGCCGGGUCUGUGGCUGUUCCCGAAUUUGUUCGAGGAUGUGGGCUUCUUCGAUAGUUUUAAGCCGUUGUGGGGAUGGCAGGAGAAUAAGAAAAAGAAGAAGAGCAGCAAGAAGGCAGCAGCGGCUGCUCCCGCUGCUGCUGAAAAGGAGGCUCCGUCGGCAACUACGACAUCUGCCGAGCCAGCUCCUUCAAGCUCGGCUCCUGUCAAGCGCGAUCUGACUGCCCGCGUUGAGGAGGCAGAGGAGUAG